AUGGCUCGCAUCUUGUUUACCAUCUCAUUGGCACUUGCUGCUCUUUCUGUCGUCGUCUCAGGCGCUCCUACCACUAACAACAAGCGUUGUGAGGAUGGUGGCGAUUGUGAAGUCUUCGUCGAACGUUCUGAUGAAGCUUGUGAUUAUGAAUACUAUGACGAUGAAGAUGAGUUCACCAAGCGCGAUUGGCAUGUUUCUCCCUACUGCAUGACACCUUGGGAGUACGAUGUCGUGCUUCGCAUGUGCGACGAUGACCUUGACGACCUUGAGGAAUUCUAUGAAGAGUUUUAUGACGAGUUCUACGAAGACUUGGGUGAUGCCGUAACCAAGCGUCACCGUCGCCCUGUAUUCAACACUUACGCCAACCUUCCCCCUCGCUGCUUCCCCUACGCUUAUUACGACCGAUUCCAAACCAUGGUGGCAAGCUAUGCUGUCAGAGAUGCUAUCACCAAGCGCACUUUUAUCCCUGGCAACUAUCACCAAGGCUACGGACAUCAUGGAGGAAACCAUCAUGGAUACGGCCACGGCAUGACCAGAGAAGAGUACGAGGAUUGGUUGGAUGAGCACAAUUAA